AUGUUGGAGUUAAAUUUUUACGAACUUCUAUUGGUUUCAAUAAUAACUCUCGUAUCGUUCGUUGUUUAUUCUCGGCUUCGGAAACCGCUAGAAUACCGGCAGCUCUCGUCGCACGUUCCGUCUGUUACAAAAUCUAUAUGGAGUGAAAUGCAAUUUUCGUGGAACAUAGCGAUGACCAAACCCAAAGAUUUACUACCAUUUUUUAUGGAGCUAAAAAAUCAAAACGGUCUAGUAGUGCAUUUCAACAUUGCAGGGGAAGCGUGCGUUAUGCUAAAUGAUCCUGAUGACUUAAAAAUUCUAUUAUCCAGUACAAAACAUAUAAACAAAAGCAAAGACUAUCAACUUCUAAAACCUUGGUUAAACGAAGGACUUUUAUUGAGCUCAGGUUCAAAAUGGCAGAGCCGUCGAAAGCUUCUUACUAAUACUUUUCACUUCAAAACCCUAGACAUGUACAAUGUUUCCAUAAAUAAACAUUCGCAGGUGUUGGCGAGAAAAUUGUUGGAAGCGUCCGCGGGCGACAAAGAAAUAGACAUUAUGAAUUACAUAACGCUGUGUUCAUUAGACAUGAUUUGUGAUACUAUUAUGGGUAUUGAAGUAAAUGCUCAAGAAGGUAAAUCUAUUGAAUAUGUCAAAGCAAUUAAAUGUGCUUGCAGAUCAAUUAUUGAUCGAAUUUUCAAAUUUUGGUUAUGGAAUGAUUUCAUAUUCAAAAUAAGUGGAAGUGGUCGAGAUUUUUACAAAUCACUAAAAGUGCUUCAUGAAUUUACCGAUAACGUAAUUAAGAUGAAAAAAGAGUCGUUUAUCAAUUCAAAAAGUCAAGAUGAGCAGAUUGAAACUAGUUCUAAAAAAAUGCAAAAGAAAUCAUUUUUAGAUAUACUUCUUAACGUGUUGGAAGAAAAUCCUGAUCAAAUGACUGAAAAGGACAUUCGAGAAGAAGUGGAUACUUUUCUUUUUGAAGGUCAUGACACGGCCUCCAUAACAAUAACAAUAACAUUAAUUUUUUUAGGGCUUAAUCAGGACAUACAAGAUAAAGCCAGGGAGGAAGUAUUGGAAAUAUUUGGUGACUCGGACAGAGACGUGACGAUGGAUGACCUCAAUUCCAUGAAGUAUUUAGAAGCAAUCGUCAAAGAAACACUUCGACUUUAUCCAAGUGUACCCAUUUAUACGAGAGAAAUACAAACCACGUUAAACAUCAAGAACUAUAGUAUUCCGCCAAUGACAACAGCAUUCGUAUUUCCUUAUAUUCUACAUCGAAGCGACGAUUUAUAUCCAAAUCCUGAGGAAUUUAAUCCAGAACGAUUUUUAAAUGAAGAUAAUAAAUCGAGAAACAUAUUUGGGUAUUUACCGUUCAGUGCUGGUCCAAGAAACUGCAUUGGACAAAAGUAUGCUAUGAAUCAAAUGAAAACAGUUAUAUCAACUAUCCUACGGAAGUUGAAGUUCGAAACUAUAGGAACAAAAGAAGACAUAAAAAUCAGUGCGCAAAUAGUGAUCAGAUUAGAUUCAGCUCCAAAAAUUAAAUUUCAUAAACUGUAACCAUAUUUAUACGAUUACCCUUUUCGUUUUAAUUUGGUUAAAAACGACAUUAUGUAAAAUCGUAUUGUGUCUAGAAUUAUUUUUAAUUAUAUACAUAGCACUCCAUUAGAAUUUCCUCAUGUAAUUAAUUAAAAUAUAAAUUAUUAUUAUUAUUAUGAUUAUAUGAAUCACAUAAUUACACAACAAACGUAAAAUGUGAUAAAAAAUAUA